UGUUUCAAUAAGCCAAUGGUUGAAUUUCAUUGUUGAUGACAUACAAGAAAAAAUUCAUGAAGAUUUCGUAGAAUAAAGUUUUGAGGUGUAGAAUUUUUGGCCACUGCAAACAGAGUCUAGCACACAGAAAAUAUUCAUUCGCAGUGAGUCGCCCAGGAAAUUUAGAGGACUGUUAUACUCAUUCGACGCCACAUUUUUCGACCAAUCAAAAUCCAAUAGAAUACAAUUACAUUUACCUGUGCAGUACAAUCUCUGUUUCCGAGGUACAAAAUGAAACGAAAGAGGAAGAAAACGGAACAGUCAAACUAAAUUAAUAUAUGUUGAGAGAACAAUUAUAUAGCGGUAAAUAGACUCUAACAAAAUGGCGUCAGGUGGCGGAAGUACUCGAGGAAACCUCACAGAAGAACAACAUAACAAGAUUCAAAAUAAUUUCACAUUUCUUAUCCGUGAGAUAAAACAUGAUCCAAUGUGUGUAGCAGAUUCUUUAUUUGAAAAAGAUGCCUUCAAUGAGGAUGAUAAGGAGAAAAUAGAAAAGGCAGAGAAGGAUAGUAGAAAAGCCGCUGCAAAGAAAAUACUGGAUAUUAUUUUUGGGUGUGGUCACACUGGUUAUGAUAAAUUUAUAGCUGCUCUAUAUGACAAUCAAUAUUAUAAUGCUGUAUUUAAACUCGAACCAGGUUAUAAAGGCCAUCGAGAUAACGAACCAGGUAUUACUACAUAUGACGAAUUAUUGGCAGGAUUACAGGAACUGAAGUCUGGAUUGGAUGAAUUCCGUAAAGGUAACAUUGAUUUAUUAGGUAAAAGGAGUAUAGACAGUCACAGAUUGAGGACAAUGAAAGGUGAAGCACUGGAAAAUCUUAACUAUGUGAAAGAUAAAAAAUAUGUUGAGACCCGUGCCCUUUAUGAAGGUUUGAAGAUACUGAAGAAUCAUCAAAUCCUGGGAAUAGUAGGGGCGGCUGGUGAUGGUAAAACUGUGCUAUCAAUGAUGAUAGCCAAACAAUUCAUUGAAGAACGUCCGGAAUAUAAACCAUUGUUGAUUAAUGAUUUGGAUGAUUUAAAAGAAGUGAGCUUUGAAGAUGAUAAGUAUCUUUAUAUCAUCGAUGACAUGUAUGGUAAAUAUAAUAAAUUACAGGCACGUAUUGAUAAAUGGCCUGCUCAUUUUGGCACUCUUCGGGUUAAUAAAGAAAGGGGCAAAUUAGUUAUUAUUUAUGUAAUGAGAGAUUAUAUUUACCUUUCUUCCAAAUAUCAAUUCGACAAAUAUGAUUUAUUUGUGGAACAUGUUGAAAAAACAAAUAAAAUAUUUCUUCAUAAAGGCGAAUUCUCUUUAAACACUAAAGAAAAGGGACAAUUUUUAGAUUUUUAUGAAAUAUCAUCUAAUAAGAUAAUUUCCAAAAUUACUGACUGUUUCGGUUUUCCAUCGAUUGCCAGUUUGUGUAGCAAAUUAACGACUGAUAAAUUACCGGCGAUUUUUGAUAGUUCGCAUGAAUUUCUUAUUUUAGAAUUAGAAACGUUUUGGAACGAAAAUAAAUAUAUAUAUGCUAGACUAGCACUAGUAUUUUGUUUACAUACUGUUUCAGAGAAAGACCUUAAACAAAAUUGUCCCGCGAGAGUUAAGUCUCUUAUUUCGACCGUCACUAAAGAAAUAUGCCCAGAAUUUAAAUUGAAUGGCGCUAAGCGUAAUCUCAAUGAACUUUCAGAUACAUUCCUCAAACAUUAUAUGAACAUAUUUUCAUUGCGAGACUUUGUUGGGGUGCCAUUUUUACACCACCUUUCCGUUGAAUGCAUGGAAAUGGCUUUACAAUACUGUUCUUUUGAACUUUUGAUGUCAGUGGUUAGAACAAAUCACCAAGUAGAUCGGUGUAUUAAAAUACAUGACGAUUAUUUCGACGAGCUUUCUAUGCGAUUUUUAAAAGAAUUACAUGAUAAGCAUGCUGAUAUCGUCAGCCACCCCGCUUUCAUUGACUAUAAAUUUUUAUUACAUUUUCUUGGUAGAAAUGACAUAGCCAAUUUGUUGCACACCAAAUUUAUCAAUUUGGGAGAUAUUCGUGAAGUACAGGAAAGUGGCAAUUUUCUUCAUUACAUUACACUUCAUGGAGACAUGAGAUGUCUCGAAGCAGCACUCUUUUAUUUUCAUGAUCAGCUACCCCAAUUAGUUGAGGAAAAAACGGAUAUGGGGUAGGAUAUAAUCGGCCUUGCUGCUGUUUCGGUUCAUGACCCUAUCAAAAAAAUGAAUCUUUUAAAUGAAAAGGAAAUUGGAGACUUAUCGGCAUUACCACAUUUAGUGGUUUACUCAGAUAAAUUUGACAUUGUUAACCAUGUCAGUAAUUUCACAAACUUCGACAAAAGCAAGCGUGAUAAUAAGUCAAGAACAAUUCUUCACAAUGCGUGUGAUUCAAAGCACGACAAUCAUCAAAUAAUCAAUUUUCUGAUAGACAGGGCGUUUGAUGUAAAUGCUAGAGAUGACAGUGGUAGUACACCACCACAUCUGGCUGUUGCGCGAGGCAAAAAAGAGACUGUGUCUAUUUUAAUAAGUCAAGAAGCGGAGGUUAAUGCCAAAGAUGAUAUGGGCAGGUUACCUAUUCAUAUUGUUUGCAGCUCUUAUGGCGGUAGAACUGAUGUCGAUGUAACCCAGAUUCUAAAUCAGUUAAUCGAAGCUGGGUCAUUUUUACAUAAGGCUGAUAAACUCAAUCGAAUUCCUUUAUUAGAAAUAAUAGCUAAUGAUGACAUAAAGUGUUUUGAAAUACUAAUAAACAAGAUGACAUCUUUUGAUCCCAAGUAUAUCCAGACCAUAAUUGGUGAAGCAACAAAGUUACAGGAUAACUCCAUGUUAACAACUAUCUUAGAUCGUAUAUUGCCAUAUGGAACAGAUAGCAAUCUUUUUAAUAAAAGUAUUUUAUUCAUAUGUUGUGAAUCUGUUGAUAAGAUGAGAAUUUUAAACAAUAAAGGUAUGGAUUUUAAUGUAGUAGAUGAAAAUAACCGUAGUAUUCUACACCAUAGCUGUAGACGUGGUUCUAUUGACACGGUUCAUUAUUUAGUGAAUGAAAUAGGAUUAAACAUAAAUCAAAAAGACAAGACUGGUUGGACUCCUGUAUGUUAUUCUGUGAUGUCGGAUAUUGAUCCUAUUAAAAAACUCGAGUUCUUGUUGUCCAGGGGGUGUAGUUUACAGGUUUUGGAUGAUGACAACUGUAGUUUACUUCACAUUAGUUGUGGAUAUGGUGAACUUGAAACUGUUGAAUAUCUAGUAAAUCAAAUAGGGCUAGAUGUCCACCAUAAAGACAAUGAUGGUAACACACCGGUUGUAUUCUGUUCUGCCUCUAGCAUUAAUCCUGUCAAGAAACUCAAAUUCUUGUCAUCUAAAGGGGCAAGUUUACAUGCUGUAGAUUAUAAUAAUAGGAGUUUACUUCAUCGUAGUGGUAGAGAAGGUACUCUUGAAGCUGUUAAAUAUCUAGUUGAUGAAAUAGAGCUAGAUAUAAAUUAUGAAGACAAUGAAGGUUUAACACCGGUUAUGUUCUGUUGUCUAUCUAGCAUUAAUCCUAUCGAAAAACUCAAAUUCCUGUCAUCAAAAGGGGUAAAUUUACGUGUUGUAGUUAACAAUAAUAAUAGUUUAGUGCAUGCUAGUUGUGUUUGGAGUACUAUCGAGACUGUUGAAUAUCUAAUAAAUGACAUAGGGCUGGAUGUCCAUUAUAAAGACAAUAAUGGUUGGACACCGGCAAUGUGCUGUUCUGUAUCUAAAAUAAAUCCUAUCAGUAAACUUAAAUUCCUCUCAUCAAAAGGAGUAAGUUUACAUACUGUAGAUAACGACAAUAACAGUUUACUGCACGUUAAUUGUCGAGAGUGUACUAUUGAAACUGUUGAAUAUCUAGUAAAUGACGUAGGGCUUGAUGUCCAUUAUAAAGACAAUAAAGGUAACACACCGGCAAAGUGCUGUUCUGUAUCUACAAUAAAUCCUAUCAGUAAACUCAAAUUCCUGUCGUCAAAAGGGGUAAAUUUACGUGUUGUAGGUAACAAUAAUAUGAGUUUACUUCACUUUAGUUGUCUAGCUGGUACUGUCGAGACUGUUGAAUAUCUAGUAAAUGACAUAGGGCUGGAUGUCCAUUAUAAAACCAAUGAAGGUAACACACCGGCUGCAUUCUGUUCUGCAUCUAAAAUAAAUCCUAUCAGUAAACUUAAAUUCCUCUCAUCAAAAGGAGUAAGUUUACAUACUGUAGAUAAUAAUAAUAAUAGUUUACUGCACGUUAGUUGUUGAAACGGUACUAUUGAAACUGUUGAAUAUCUAGUAAAUGACGUAAGGCUAGAUGUUCAUCAUAAAAACAAUAUAGGUAUAACACCAGCUAUACAAAGUUCUUUAUCUAAUGAUAAUCCUAUCAAGAAACUCCAAUUUCUGACUUCAAAGCGGGUAAGUUUAAGUGAUGUAGUUGUGAAUAAUAUGAGUUUACUGCAUUUUAGUUGUCUAAAUGGUAUUAUUGAAACUGUUGAAUAUCUGGUGAAUAUAAUAGGGCUGGAUGUCCAUCAUAAAGAUAAUGAAGGUUGGACGUCAGCUAUGUACUGUUCCAGGUCUAAAAUAAGUCCUGUCAGUAAACUCAAAUUACUGUCAUCAAAAGGGGUAAAUCUGCACACAGUAGAUAAUGAUAAGGGGGGUUUACUGCAUGCUAGUUGUCAAGACGGUACUAUUGAAACUGUUAAAUAUCUGGUGAAUGACAUAGGACUAGAUGUCCACUGUAGAGACACUAAUGGUAGAACACCGGCAAAACACUGUUCUAUGUCUGACAUUAAUCCUGUCAGUAAACUCAGAUUCUUGUCAUCACAAGGGGUAAGUUUACAUACUGUAGAUGAUAAUAAUAGGAGCUUACUGCAUGUUAGUUGUCGAUUUGGUAAUAUUGAAACUGUUGAAUAUUUGGUGAAUGACAUAGAGUUGGGUAUGCAUCAUAGGGGCAAUAACGGUUGGACACCGGUUAUGUCCUGUUGCAUCUCUACAAAAAGUCCCGUCAGUAAACUGAAAUUCCUGUCAACAAAAGGGGCAAGUUUACAUAUAAAUAACGAUAAUACGGGUUUGCUGUAUUUUACUUGUCGGUACGGUAUAACUGAAACUCUUAAAUUUCUCGUGAAUGAAAUAGGGCUGUAUAUAAAUCAGCGUUCGGAAGGCAUUUACACACUAUUAUUAUUGUGUUUUAAAUCAAAUGUUCAACAGAUGGAAAAGAUUAAUUUCCUUAUCUCUAAAGGUGCUAAGAUUAUAAUAUGUCGACCAUAUCAAGAUGACAUGACGGACGAGGGUGACUAUGGUAAAUGUUGUUAUCCACUACAUCAUAGCUGUUAUCUAGGUACAUUAGAUACAGUAAAAUGGCUAGUCAAUGAUGCGGGAUACGAUGUAAAUUAUACUGAUGAUGACAAUAUGAUAGCCUUACUCUGGUCUUUUAAAACAAAAAUUCAACAACAAGAAAAGAUUAAAUUCCUUAUCUCUAAAGGUGCUAAGAUUAUAAUAUGUCGACCAUAUCAAGAUGGCAUGACGGACGAGGGUGACUAUGGUAAAUGUUGUUAUCCACUACAUCAUAGCUGUUAUCUAGGUACAUUAGAUACAGUAAAAUGGCUAGUCAAUGAUGCGGGAUACGAUGUAAAUUAUACUGACGAUGACAAUAUGACAGCCUUAUUCUGGUCUUUUAAAACAAAAAUUCAACAAAAAGAAAAGAUGAAAUUCCUUAUAUUCAAAGGAGACUUCUUCAAUAAUAUUCUGUAAACAGAACAGAUAUUUGGACAAGACGAAAACGUAGAGAUUUGAGUCAUAAAAUAAAUAUAUAAUAACUGAUUGGCGGGUUUCGAAUAAUGCGGGCUUCGUUUAAUUCAUAAGUGGUCACAAAAAUAACUCAUGUACAAUAAAAAGUAGAUUUGAGAUCGUAUUAAGUGUUCUACAUGUAAUUUUCGAAUCUAUUAAAAUAACAAAUACACCAAUAUUAUAGAUCCUGUAUACAAGCUUCCAAAAAUGAUGUAUAAUUUGCGUAAGGGUUUAGUAACGUUACGUACCAGUUCUAUAAAGUAGUUGUUUAGUAACAUUACUAAGUAAGUUCUAUAGAGUAGUUGUUUAGUAACAUUACUAAGUAAGUUCUAUAGAGUAGUUGUUUAGUAACAUUACUAAGUAGGUUCUAUAUCAGUAACGUUACGUACAUGUAAACUUUAUGGCGUUGUAUAGUAAAAUUUCUAAAUUUUGUUAAACAUAUAAGGUCGGUAGUGAUAGGGAUGUGGGUGUUCAACAUAUAGGUCACAGAGGGUCUGGACAAACAAAUAUAUAAUCUAUUCCGUCGAUGAUUAAAAAUUUCUCUCAGAUCCACCAAUGGUUCAAAAAGUGACAAAACUAACGGUAACCAACAAGUUUUAAGCGUCAGCGUGUUUUGAUAAAUGGGACCCAGACCAUUUCAAGCAGCUUGCCCAUGGAGAAUCGCCAUAGCAUCAAAACCAUAUCUCCACGUUUCCGUUUUCGAGAAUGCCUGAUAUCACUUCCCUUUUCCAGGAGUUCAUAUACGUAGCAAGUUAUCAGUAGUGACGGGAGACGGGAACAUUGAAAGAUGGUAGUUUUCUCAGAGAUUGUUUUAAAAUGUAACUUAAACAGAAUAAAAAGUUAAUAUUGAUACAUUGAAGUCAUCACAUAACGACCGGGUGAAAACAGAAUUCAGUUGUCUGGUUGUAGAUUAUUUAUUCUAGUGAAUUCGUGGUGGGGGGGGGGGGGGGUAUUACGCGAUCCAAUCCAAUACCCAAACAUCAGUGAAAACAAUAUACUAAUCAGUAAAUAUAAUCUCUCAUUCUGUGUCAGGUUCUCUGUUAGACAAAUUUCUCCAUUUCAGUCAUAUCCCAUCGGUAUAUUUUAUCUCCUGUAUAUUAUUAUUAUGUACAUGUAUUUCUAUCAAACAGCCAUUCCUCUAUUUUUAUAUUUAUCUCGUAUAUAUUAUCAUAUAUUAUAGGUCACGUGUACAUAUUGGCGUUCACGUAAAUGAUCCCUAUGUAGCUGGAUAUAAGAAUAGGUCUUAGCGCCGCUCUCCGGGCACAAUUUCCCUCAUAGCACACUGUAUGGCGUAUGCCCGUCUUCAUUAGCCCAGUCGGUGUAGAAGAGUAUGACGUUAAACCCCGUUUCAGUUCAUUUCAUAUGGUGCUAAAAUGACGCAACGAGGCUUUUAUAUAUUUUAUUAUAUAUCUAGUUAAACUAUUACUAUAUUUUAUUAUAUAUCUAAACUAUUAAUAUAUUGUAUUUUAUUAUAUAUCUAGUUAAACUAUUACUAUAUUUUAUUAUAUAUCUAAAGAAUAGUUACACUAUUAAUAUUUUGUGUCCUACAAAAAUAUUCGAAAAUGGUUAUAAUUAAAUAUGUUGUAUUGUACAUUCCAACUGUCUACCAUAAAUUAAACUGUUUCCACAUCCAUAGUAGUAGUAGUUCUUGGUGUUUAACGUCUGCUUCCACAUAAGUGAUAUCACACAUCCAUAGAUUAGAUAUAUUCUAUUAUACCACAUCCAUAAAUUGUUUAUCCAUUUAAAUAUAUAGAGGAUAUUUGUCGUUUUAGAGUGAAUAAUAUAUUUUAUUUCAUCGAGAAAUGUGAAAAUAUAAACGUUUUCUUGCUUAGAGAUGAAAUAAUAUAUGUUAUUCACGACAAAACGACAAAUGUUCUAUUUAUUUUAUGAUUUUACAAUCAUUUUAGGUAAAAACAACUAGCCAGUGGAAUAACACUUUUAUUUCACUGAUAAUACGCGGUAUUCCACUACUGAUUAUAAAAUAAAUUCUAUUAUACCACAUCCAUAUAUUGUCUAUGCAUAGAUUGUUUAUACAUUAAAUAUAUAUUAUUCUAUUUUACCACGCCCAUCGAUUGUUUUUUUUUAUUAAAUAUAUUUUAGAUA